AUGGACUCUCCCAUUGUUGCCCAGCUCUUCCGGAAGCUCUUCCUCCAUCGCCCUCGGGGCUGUCAGGGUCGGCCCCUAAGCCGCAUGUCGGCCCUCCAUCGGCUCGGCCGUCAUGAUCCUCGUCCGUACUCGACGAGGGCUUCCCGCGACCGUGGGAUGAAGACCAACGAGAGUCGCUGGCAGCAGAGGACGCACAUCAUGCCGGAGGAUCGGAGGAGCGAGUUUGCCGACUACCCUUACGUCUCCGUCCACGACUUGAAGACACGGACCCAGCGCCCGCGCAAGGUCAAGAUGCUGCUGCGCGACUUCAUAGACGACAGCCUCUACAACCCUUCGUACGGCUACUUCUCCAAGCAAGCCGUCAUCUUCAGUCCCGGAGAGCCCUUCGACUUCCCCUCGAUGCGCGACGAGCUCGAGUUCCACGCCCAGCUCGGCCGCCGCUACACCGAGUUCGAGGACGAGCUCGACGACGGCGAGGGCGAGAACCCGACCCGCCAGCUCUGGCACACGCCCACCGAGCUCUUCCGCCCCUACUACGGCGAGGCCAUUGCUCGCUACCUCGUCUCCAACUACCGUCUCACCACCUACCCCUACGACGACCUUCUCAUCUUCGAGAUGGGUGCCGGCCGCGGAACGCUCAUGCUCAACAUUCUUGAUUACAUCCGUGAGGUCGACCCGCAGGUCUACGCCCGCACCAAGUUCAACAUCAUCGAAAUCUCCCCCUCGCUCGCCCACUUGCAGAACCGCCACCUGCUCUCGACGGCCGAGUCGCGCGGUCACGCGGACAAGGUUGACAUCAUCAACAAGAGCAUUUUUGAGUGGGACAGAUACGUCCCCUCGCCCUGCUUCUUUCUCGCUAUGGAGGUCUUCGACAACUUUGCCCACGACGGCAUCCGCUACGACGUGUCCAACGAGGAACCCUUGCAGGGUCAUGUCCUCAUCGACGGCGACGGCGACUUUUACGAGUUUUACGUCCACGAGCUCGAUCCUGUCGCCGCACGCUUCUUCCGCGUCCGCCAUGCUGCCACCGCCGGCCACUAUCCGAAGCCGUAUCCGUCCAACGCGGCGCUGCGGUACCUGUCGACGAGGAUGCCAUUUGCCGCCAACCUCUCCGAUCCGGAGUUUAUACCCACUCGUCUGAUGCAGUUCUUCGACGUUCUCGAAAAGUACUUUCCCGCCCACCGCCUCGUCACCUCCGACUUCCACUCCCUCCCGCAGGCAGUCAGGGGCCUGAACGCCCCCGUCGUGCAGACCCGCUAUCAGAGGAGGAUGGUGCCCGUGACGACUCCCCUCGUCCACCAGGGCUACUUUGACAUUCUCUUUCCUACAGACUUUCGCAUCACCGAGGCCAUCUACCGAGCCAUCACCGGCAAGCUUACCCGCGUCAUGUCCCACGGCGACUUCCUUCGACGAUGGGCGUACGUCGAGGACACGCAGACGCGUAGCGGCGAAAACCCCUUGCUAUCGCACUACAAGAAUGCCAGCGUCAUGGUAACGGUGUGA